AUGAGCGAAAAUCGCCCCAACGAGGGCCAAUUAGCGCCAGAUCUCCCCGGCGUCAAUAUCAAUAUCACCGAUCAUGAUGAAUUCGGCAAUGAAGCCUUCCUGCCAGCCCGCCCAGGAAACUGGCAAGCCUAUGACAACAAUAGCAUGGCGUUCUCGGUGCUCUACACGACGUCAGAGUUUCCUGUCUCUUUAAACGACGGCCAUGAUUUGGCCAAACAUGACCAAAUCACCGCAUCCAAGAAACUGGGCCUUGUGAAUCCGGGUGGGACAGUUUGGAGGAUAGUGGACUUCGCGCCGGGAUUUGAAUCCAUGAUGCAUCGGACCCGCAGUCUAGAUUUUGGGAUUGUCAUUGAGGGCACGAUUGAGCUUAUUCUUGCGUCUGGAGAAAAGCGCUUUCUGCACCGCGGGGAUGUCUCCGUCCAACGAGGGACAAAUCACGCCUGGAGAAAUCCUGAUCUUACCCGGUGGUGUCGGAUGGCAUAUGUUUUACAGGAUGCUCAACCUGUGCUGGUCAAUGGAGAGCCACUGAAAGAGGAUUUGGGUCACAGUACAGGGGACAUACCAGCGAGUGAGUGCGCCAAUUGA